GGCCUGUUCCUAAGCUCGGCUGCUCGGGUCCUGCCCCUCUUCCUCCUCGCUAGCAGCAGCGCGUUAGCCCGGGACUGGACCGAGUUAGAGUUGAGGAAGCGCUGGAGAAGCCGCGCAGGCUGCGUGCGACGCGCGGGGGAAGCGGGCGACUUCCCCCUGAUCGGUUACAUAGUUUGAGCCAAAAGGCCCCAGUCUCUUUGGACAAGAGUUGCAUUUCCAUCACAGGCACAACUCUAGGAUAUCUUAAGUUUAACUGAUUGCUGCAGUUUUCUGAAUGGGUAAGUUUUUUUUCUGGAAGGCCUGCAAGGUCUUUGAAAACAGUCCGAACACUCGUCUGGGUUACUGGGACCUAUCACAAUGGCAACUGGUCUGGCCAAUGUAGGAAACUCUUUUGGAGGUCCAUCUAAUUCUAUGGUUUCUAGACCUAAGUUCCCGAAUACUUCUGUAGAAGAUGAUGACGAUGUUGUGUUCAUUGAACCUGUACAACCUCCUCAGACUGCUGCUCCAUUAAUACCAGAUGCUAGAAAUGUUCCUUUUAGUUCACCAACCAAUGAAGAGCCUCGUGGAAAUGACCCCAAAAUAGCAGCUCCUUCAAAAGACUUGAGCUCUCAGAAGGGAAGUAUAACUGAGACUAUUAUUAUUGAUGAUGAAGAAGAUAUGGAAACAAACCAGGAGCUAGAGAAAAAUGAUUCCAGUUUCAGUGAACGAAGAUUUCCAGAGAGUAAAAACAGAACCAAUGAGAUGGAAUUUUCAACGCCCAGUUUUUCAAGAAGUAAGGUAAAUGCAGGAAUAGGUAAUAGUGGUAUAACCACAGAACCAGACUCUGACAUUCAGAUUGCUAAUGUUACUACGUUAGAAAGAGGUAUGAGCUCUGUGAGUGUUGGCCAUUUAGAAAAUACUGAAGGGCGUGACAUGAACUUAAUGAUUACACAUGUAACAUCACUACAGAAUACCAACUUGGGAGAUGUAUCUAACGGACUGCAGUCAAGUAAUUUUGGUGUUAAUAUACAAACAUACACCCCGUCUUUAACUUCACAGACCAAGACUGGUGUAGGACCUUUCAAUCCUGGUAGGAUGAGCGUAGCUGGAGAUGUCUUUCAGAAUGGAGAAUCUGCGACUCAUCACAACCCUGAUUCCUGGAUAUCUCAGUCAGCUUCAUUUCCCAGGAAUCAGAAGCAACCAGGUGUGGAUUCUCUGUCACCGGUGGCCUCCCUUCCUAAACAGGUCUUCCAGCCUCCUGCACAGCAACAGCAGCAGCAGCCUUCUAAGCAGGUUAAAGUGACGUGUGCUAACUGCAAAAAGCCUUUGCAGAAGGGUCAGACUGCCUAUCAGCGGAAAGGAUCAAUUCACCUUUUUUGCUCCACUACUUGCCUUUCAUCCUUCUCACAUAAACCAGCUCCAAAGAAACUCUGUGUUAUGUGCAAAAAGGAUAUAACAACAAUGAAAGGUACCAUUGUUGCUCAGGUUGAUUCGAGUGAGUCCUUCCAGGAGUUUUGCAGUACAUCAUGCUUGUCCUUCUACGAAGAAAAACAGAAUCCCUCGAAAGGGAUCCUCAACAAGUCGAGAUGCACGAUCUGUGGUAAACUAACAGAGAUCCGUCACGAAGUUAGCUUUAAAAAUAUGACACAUAAGCUGUGUAGUGACCACUGCUUCAAUCGAUACCGAAUGGCAAAUGGUUUAAUAAUGAAUUGUUGUGAACAUUGUGGAGAAUACCUGCCUAGUAAAGGUGCAGCAAACAAUAUCCUCAUGGUUGAUGGAGAGCCGAAAAGGUUCUGCUGCCAAAACUGCGUUGGUGAAUAUAAACAGAAAUAUGGCAAAUUAACAGCUUGUACUGGUUGCAAAACUCAGUGCAGGUUUUUUGACAUGACUCAGUGCAUAGGACCUAAUGGACACAUGGAGCCAUACUGCUCAACCUCAUGCAUGAACACACACAAAUCAAAAUAUGCAAAAUCACAAAGUAUGGGAAUUGUUUGCCACUUUUGUAAGCGAAACUCUUUACCUCAGUAUCAAGCCACAAUGCCUGAUGGAAUACUGUACCACUUUUGCAGCUCCAGUUGUGUAGCUAAAUUUCAGGCUCUUAGCGUACAGCCUUCAAAUGGCCAGUUUGCCGCUCCGAGUGACAUUCAGCUGAAAUGCAACUAUUGCAAAAAUACUUUCUCCUCAAAGCCUGAAGUACUGGAAUGGGAAAACAAAGUAUAUCAGUUCUGCAGUCGAAGUUGUUCUGAUGACUAUAAGAAGCUGCAUUGCAUAAUAACCUACUGUGAAUACUGUCAAGAGGAGAAGACUCUACAUGAAGCAGUUAAAUUUUCUGGGAUCAAGAGACCAUUCUGCAGUGAAGGUUGCAAGCUGCUGUAUAAACAAGAUUUUGCAAGACGGUUAGGACUGAGAUGUGUUACUUGCAACUAUUGUACUCAACUGUGUAAAAAGGGAGCAAGUAAGGAACUUGAUGGAGUAAUGAGAGAUUUUUGUAGUGAAGAGUGUUGCAGAAAAUUUCAAGACUGGUACUAUAAGGCAGCAAGGUGCGACUGUUGUAAAACGCAAGGGACUCUUAAAGAGAAAGUUCAGUGGAGAGGGGAGAUGAAACAUUUCUGUGACCAGCACUGCCUUCUACGAUUCUACUGUCAACAAAACGAACCCAACAUGGCAACACAGAAAGGACCAGAAAACCUACAGUACGAUCAGGGUUGCCAGACUCCCCGAACAAAAGUCACAGGAUCUGCACCACCUCCUUCUCCAACCCCAAGUAAAGAAAUGAAGAACAAAGCGGUUCUUUGCAAGCCUCUGACAAUGACAAAAGCCACAUUCUGUAAACCCCACAUGCAGACAAAAUCUUGUCAGACAGAUGACGGCUGGGAAAAAGAAUAUGUCCCUUUCCCUGUUCCAGUACCUGUAUAUGUACCAGUCCCUAUGCACAUGUAUAGUCAAAAUGUUCCAGUUGCUACAACCGUGCCUGUUCCAGUACCAGUUCCAGUUUUCCUGCCCACUACACUGGAUAGCAGUGAGAAGAUACUUGAAGCAAUAGAAGAGCUAAAGAAUAAAAUCCCUUCCAGCCACGAGGAAGCUAAAGAUUCACCAGUUGCUGAAGCGGAAGAGGAGCGUGAAAAAGAUGAUACUGCAGAAUCUGCAGAACUCAAAAGCGUAAUAACUGAGGCAGAAUUGCUUAACUCUGAGACUGAACCGCAGAGCAGCCUGCCAGAUAUUCCAUAUGACUCAGACCUUGAUAUUGAAGUUGAUUUUCCCAGAGCAACAGAAGAACUUGAUCCAGAAAGUGAAUUUUUGCUACUGCCCGUCUUUGGAGUGGAAUACGAGGAACAGCCAAGACCUCGAACUAAAAAGAAGGGAGCGAAGAGAAAAGCAGUGUCAGAGUACCACUCUCAGGAUGAUAGCUCUGAGAAUUCAGAGUGCAGUUUUCCCUUCAAGUAUGCAUAUGGUGUAAAUGCAUGGAAACACUGGGUAAAAACUAGGAAUCUAGAUGAAGAUCUACCAGUAUUAGAUGAGCUGAAAUCAACCAAGGCAGUGAAAUUAAAAGAAGAUCUUGUGUCACAUACACCGGCUGAGCUAAACUUUGGAUUGGCACACUUUGUUAAUGAAGUCCGGAGACCAAAUGGAGAAAACUAUGCACCUGACAGCAUUUAUUAUCUGUGUCUUGGGAUUCAGGAGUAUCUCUAUGGAAGCAAUAAAAAAGAUAAUCUCUUUAUGGAUCCAAAUUAUCAUACAUUUGAGCAGGAAUUAAAUAAAAUACUCCGAAGCUGGCAACCGAGCAUACUUCCAGAUGGUUCGGUAUUUUCUCGGGUUGAAGAAGACUACCUCUGGAGGAUAAAACAGCUAGGAUCCCACUCUCCUGUUGCUCUUCUGAACACACUUUUCUACUUUAACACCAAGUAUUUUGGCCUGAAAACAGUGGAGCAGCACUUAAGAAUUUCCUUUGGCACAAUUUACAGACAUUGGAAGAAAAAUCCUCUAACAAUGGAAAGCAAAGCUUGUCUUGGAUAUCAGGUUUCCUCCCUGUGUGGAACAGAUAAUGAAGAUGAUAAAAUUGCCAGUGGAAAAAGGAAGCAUGAAGAUGAUGAGCCAAUAUUUGAACAAAUUGAAAAUACAGCCGAUCCCUCUAGAUGCCCCGUGAAAAUGUUUGAAUGCUAUUUAUCUAAGAGCCCACCGAACCUCAGUCAGAGGACGGAUAUGUUCUAUUUGCAACCUGCUUGCCCCGAUUCCUCAGAUGACCCACUCUGGUACACCUCCGCUUCUGUGGACCGCAAUACUUUGGAAAAUAUGCUUGUACGGGUUCUUUUAGUAAAAGAUAUUUAUGAUAAAGACAAUUACGAACUGGAUGAAGACAUGGAUUGAACCCUUCCCGAGACCAUUCGUGCAGGGGAAAUACACACACACAACAGCAUUAGAUAGUCAAGCUGCUAGACUUUUAUUAUGGAAGACGAAGCAUUUCAAGUUUACCCUUUGUUUUAACACGUUUUGUAGCAGGGUACCCUCAGCUGGGUAUUACCGUGUAAAUAAUCUGUGAGCGCGGAAGCGGCCAUUAUUCUACAUAGUGGUUUUAGAAUACUUAACAAACACAUUCUUUUUUUAAUUAUUAUUUAUUUGGUUAGGUAUGUUUAACUUUUUACAUUGCGAAAUUUGAUUGAGAAUGUGCCAUGUGUAAUUUUUUUGGGAGGGGGGGAGGUCAUAGUAAGCAACGUCCUUAUUGCACAUCUUCCCUGAUGUUGAAGAGCUUCCCUGAAAGAGGCAUCUGGGCUUUUACUGGGUUCUGAAGCCGGGUAGUUGUGUAUGGGUAGCACUACUAAAGUUUAGAACUUGCUGUGUCUUUUCAGAAUUUUUUAAAGAAAUUGUAAACUAAUAGGUUUUUUACUCUUAGUUACUGAAGCCUUAUGAGGUUGUGUAGAGAGAGGAUUCCAUCUUAUGUACCAAAAAUAGACGAAAGCGAAUGCUGUUGAUAUUGAUGUACUGUGAUGUGGAUCUAUACUGGUAAACAGAAUUCCUUUUCUUUCGUUUUGGGGAGGGGGGGGAGUUGCCCUUAUUAAAAAAAAAAACUUAGUAUCCUUUUCUUAUUUGUGACUCUCUGAAUUGCCCUGACAAAUACAGUGUAUGUUGGAUAAGAGUGCAAGCUUGAAAACAUGUGAGCCACCUUGGUCAUACUGUGUACGAUCUCUCUCUUGAUAGCAAGGUAACAACCUUCCCAUACGAUUUUGAAGAGUUGGUACCUUUCUAUCCUUGGUUAAAGAGACGAUUGCAUCAUUUCAAAAUCUCAUUUGUGGUGCGUUCUUGAGUUGUUGGCUUAUGUGCAUCUAAAAUAUGUUUGCGGGCCUGGGGAAUCUUUACAAGGAAUAUACAUGCCGGAUAGGCCUGGUCACAGCAUUCCCCCCCUCUCCUUUCUCUUAUUACUAGUGAUCAGGAAUGUCAAUUAAAAGUUAUGAAGGGAGGUAUUUCACUGUUCCAUUCUGUUUUGUUAAAGAGUGUACAUGAGCUAUAUCUUUACCUUUGCCUAGGUUGCAUGCAUGCACCAUGUGUACAGGAGAUGGAUUUUGACAGUUUUUCUUUACUGCUGCCAUCCUCCUUGUAGUUGGUUGGAUCUUGUUUCAAAAGCUUUCCCAGGAAAGAUUUCAGGUUGAAAGAGGAGAGCAAGAACAACCCCAGCACAGGCACAGUAUUCUAUGUUGCGUAUGGCCCUUUAAAACCUGGCAUUUAUGAGAUACUCCCACAAGUCCCCUUUCAGGCAUGGCCUUUCUAGGUGUUUUGGUAAGCAGUUGUUCUUCUGCAGGCAAGAAUAGCUGUUCUCUUUCCCCUUUUAGCAGUCAUGUACCUUGCUAGAUAUGGUCCCUGAUGCAAGAAAGGAGGAAAGCUUUCAAAUAUUGCAAUUUUGGGGGCAGUGGUUGGGAGCUUGGGAAAAGACUGGAAGGCAGAUGCUCCAAUUUUAAUUUUUAAAAAAAGGCCUGGAUCAGUAGACUGGUACAGAAAAAGAUGUAAUAGAAGAAAUCUUCAUCACUUUGAGUUCUUAGCCAUGAACCAUCCCCAGCCAUCGAAUCACAGCCUUCAAGAAAGGUGCAUAUUGUGAACAGUCUGCACUUGCUCUGGCUUGUGCACCAGCCUAUGUUGUAAAAGGCCUCUCGUUGGUUUGCAACGGGUUUGCACAAUCGCUAUUAUUGCCUGAGGGAUUUGGUUUCAGAGUACAGUUCAUCAUUUCUAGUGAUCUGUGUGUUUCUUUAGCAUGAUCUUCCUGCAGUCAAGAAUAACAGCAUCUUCCAGGCCGGUUGAUUAUUUUGGAGUUUUCCAGCUUUAUAUGUUUUGAUGCAAAUUAUUAUAGACACGAAGGUAUGAUUCCAUUGCUCAUGUUCAGCAAAAUGCACAUUGAUAUAUUUUUGAGAAAUAGUAUUCCCAAACAUAGCUGUUCAAGGAGAAACAGUGGGAUAAUAGCAGUAAUUCCACUGAAAUUGACAGUCUACAAUCAGACAAGAUUAGGUGGAUACUGCUUUGUUUUGGUUCAGUAAGACACUACAAUCUUUACUUCGUAAGAAAAAGGAUUUUUUAAUUCAAGAACACACUUGUGUGCAUGGUUUAAAAUUAAGUACAUAGGCAUUAUUUUUGAAAAUACUACAUUAAAAAAUUAUGUUGUUGCAGAAGAA